GCCACGGCCAUUCUCAACUGCCGAAGCUUUUGUCAUUCCUCUGGCAGUCACUCGCAACCGUCUCGGCCUUGAACACGCGAGCGCCGCAGCGGCUGCAGGACACCACAGUAACGCCUGCCGCCGGCAUGACAGGAUCCUCGCCGCUCGCGCCCCAGCGCCGGCUCUUCCUCGGGAUGCUCUGCUUCGUUGUGGCUCUGCGCGCCGCCGCGGCCCGGCCGGAGGGCACCGCGAGGCCGUCAGGCCUGGGCACAGCGGCAGAGUUGAUGGAGGAGAUUCGCUCCCGCAUGAGUAACCAGUGGGACGCGCUGCAGCACAUCCGCUACCAGGCGCUGACGAGCAAGAUGACGGUGGGUCGCCUGAGCGAGCGCGUCAAGCAGCUGGUCGCCGCCAUAGCUGCCCAGGAAGGGGUCCCGUCGGCGCGCCCCUCGACGCCGGACGAGCCGUGCGAGGAGCCGUUCGAGGAGGACGGCAUACCGGCCUUGGCGGAUGCUCUGGAGGAGCUUCUUCAGGCGUACACCAACUACAUCAAUACGAGUGUGGAAGGAGAGGAUCCACUUAGCUUCCAUGAGGAUUUAGCGAAGAUUAAGGACGUGCUGGGGAAGCUGAGAGCUCUGGUCGGCCAAGCGUCGACCAGGACAUCUCGCGGCGUAGAAACAACCCCUGCGGAGGGCGAGCCAGAGGCGCGGCGUUGGGAGGUGCGUGUGGGCGCUACGGCCGUGCUCCCGUGCCCCGUCGGCGCCGCCGGACAGCCGGUCACGUGGGUCCACUCGCCAGCAAACCAGCUCGUGGCCCUGAACGGCGUAGUGGUAGUGGCAGACGCGCGCUUCGGGCUGGCCGAAGUAAACGGUUCUCCUGCCCUCGAGAUUUCAGAAGUUCAGAAGAAGGACGAAGGCCUCUAUAAGUGCUUCUCGAAUGGGACGGUGUCCUAUGAACUCUUUGUUGCUGAACCCAUGCUGGAAGUGGGCAUUCCCGCCACGGCUGCCCGCUUCACGAACCAGACCCUCACCUGCGUCUACCGCGGAGGCGAGGGCGUCGCGCGGCUCGAGUGGCUGUUCAACGGUGUUCCCUUCUUCCAUUAUAAUCCUUUCCGAAAUGCACAAGUGGGCAUCGUGUUCAACGCUGACAUUGAAGUAAUCGUAAGUAGAACCAAAUGUAAUCAAUCGUCUCUGACAACCGAAUAUUUUUUGUUGUUGCAUUUACCCUGGGAGUCAUAUAGUGUCUUCCCACUCACAAGUUGCAUUGAGCUCCAACCAGGCUUUUGACCAUCAAAAAGUAAGUACCAUUAUCUGCGUGGCCGCUCCCCAGCACCGGCAUCUUUG